UUUUCGUGCUAGUGUUUGCUGUUAGCUGUUAGCAGUUCGUUCAUUUGACUGGUUCAAGCUUCGGUAGUGUAACCAACGUUAGCAUACAACCAUGGUGCUUGAUCUAGAUUUGUUCCGCACUGAUAAAGGCGGAGAUCCCGAAAUCAUUAGAGAGACACAGAGGAAAAGGUUCAAAGAUGUGUCGCUGGUGGAUAAACUGGUGCUGGCAGAUACAGAAUGGAGAAAAUGUCGUUUUACUGCAGAUAACCUAAACAAGGCCAAGAACCUGUGCAGCAAGGCCAUUGGAGAAAAAAUGAAGAAAAAGGAGCCAGUUGGUGAUGAUGAUUCCCUUCCCGAGGAGGCACAGAAUCUGGAGGAUCUCACAGCAGAUACACUCUCAACGUUGACGGUAACUCAAAUCAAGAAGAUGCGGCUCUUGGUGGACGAGGCCGUGCAGAGGUCAGACAGUGACAGGUUGAAGUUGGAAAAUGAGCGCUUUGAGUACCUGCGAGAAAUUGGCAACCUAUUGCAUCCAUCUGUGCCUAUCAGCAAUGACGAGGAUGCAGAUAAUAAGAUUGAGCGCACCUGGGGCGACUGUAGCGUGCAGAAGAAGUAUUCCCACGUCGACCUGGUUGUCAUGGUAGAUGGCUAUGAGGGCGAGAAGGGAGCUGUGGUGGCCGGGAGCAGAGGCUACUUCCUCAAGGGACCUCUAGUGUUCUUGGAGCAAGCAUUGAUCAACUACGCGCUGCGGAUUCUCUACCACAAGAAGUACACCGUCCUCUACACACCCUUCUUCAUGAGGAAAGAAGUCAUGCAAGAGGUCGCCCAGCUCAGCCAGUUUGAUGACGAGCUAUAUAAGGUGAUUGGCAAAGGCAGCGAGAAGUCAGAUGACACCAGUGUGGAUGAGAAGUAUCUGAUUGCCACCUCUGAGCAGCCUAUUGCAGCCUUCCUAAGGGACGAGUGGCUGAAGCCUGAGGAGCUGCCCAUCCGCUAUGCUGGCAUGUCCACCUGCUUCAGACAGGAAGUUGGUUCUCAUGGCCGUGACACACGAGGCAUCUUCAGAGUUCACCAGUUUGAAAAGAUCGAGCAGUUUGUGUAUGCCUCCCCACAUGACGGCAAGUCCUGGGAGAUGUUUGAUGAGAUGAUUGGAACAGCAGAGGAGUUUUACCAGACACUUGGAAUCCCCUACCGCAUUGUCAACAUUGUUUCUGGGGCCCUGAACCACGCUGCCAGUAAGAAGCUGGAUCUCGAGGCCUGGUUCCCAGGGUCUGCCGCCUUUAGGGAGCUGGUGUCCUGCUCCAACUGCACAGACUACCAGGCUCGCCGUCUGCGCAUCCGAUAUGGACAGACCAAGAAAAUGAUGGACAAGGCUGAAUAUGUCCACAUGCUCAAUGCCACAAUGUGUGCAACAACUCGGGUCAUUUGUGCCAUCCUGGAAAACUACCAGACAGAGGAGGGCAUCGUCAUUCCAGAGAAGCUCCGUGAAUUCAUGCCUCCAGGACUGAAUGAGAUCAUGAAGUUUGUGAAGCCAGCACCCAUAGACCAGGAGAUGAACAAAAAGCAUAAAAAGCAGCAAGAAGGAGGGAAGAAAAAGAAGCAACAGACAGAUGUCGACCUGCAGAACAAAGUAGAGAGCAUGUCUGUCAAUGACUCGUAGGCCCAACCUUCCAUUCUCUCCUCCAAUCCCUAGCCAUCUCCCUCUUACUAGACUCAGUACUCCCCCUAGAGGCUGCUCCUGUUACAGUCCUCAUCUUGCUUCCAGGCCAUUAUGUCACUGUACUGAGUCUUGCCUGGGGUCCAUCAUUAUCAAAUCUUACUCAACUCCACUAUAAAAGCAGGUUAAAUUACACAGGAAGUUUCAAGAUACACUAUCCAAUAAAGGUCCUGCAUCAGAAAAAUGGAGCUGCAAGUUUAGCACGGAAAUUUGAAUAUGGUUAUCUGCCAACAGUUAGUAACGUUAGGUGAAUUGGAUAAAUUAUGAGAACAUGUUGUUUUUACGCUGUGAGGUGGCACAAGAUUCUUCGUGGUACCUUGGUCUUUAAAAUGAAUCCUCAUUGUUAUUGACAAGCUAUGUGCUAUGCUGUCUGAUGUGUCCCUUGAGCAAACGUAACUCUUAGGUUCAUGCUUUUGAUCAAAAUCUAUACUCUUAAUUACACAGUGAAAACAUGCCGUUUGAAACUAGGAUGUGCAGGUAACCAUUCUGCUGGGUAUCACUGCCAUUUCCUGGCCCUAAGGCACUGAUGGGCUUGAGAUGAGCAGUGAUGUUUUGCAGGUAAAAGUACCUUAUCAUCUAAUUCAUAUCCUCUCUGCACCCCAUGUGCUCUACAUGGUCUGUUGUAUGGUGUCACAACUGCAGUCCUGUAUGAAGUAUUAGUAUCACACCUAAAAUAAAACUUUAUCGAAAAGCUA